AUGGGCAAUGCCAUCUUUGUCUCCCAUCAAUGGGUUGGCAACCAGCACCCGGACCCAGAGAGCAAGCAGCUGCGCGUCUUGCAGGAUGCCCUGACGCACAUGCUGUCGAAUCUGCACCACAUCCCUGUGGAUGGAUUCACGGAGGUUCAUGUGCCUCGAGCGAGACCUGUGCCAACGGCUGAUCUCAAAGCGGCGCCACUGUUUUUAUGGUACGAUUACUUCUCGUGCCCACAGCUGGAGAGCUGCGCCUCAUGGUACACCUCUGAUCGUCAGGACGGAAGCCAACGGAGACGGGAGGGAAGCCAACUGUCCCGGGCCAUCGACAGCAUCCCGGCGUACGUUGCAAGGUGCCGAUUCUUCUUCGCCCUUUGCCCUGUGGUCGAGAGUCUUUCACUUGAGAAAGUGUUCACAUCCUUCACUUGGGCAGAGCGUGGUUGGUGCCGCGUGGAAAGAGUCUUGCGAGAGCUCUCCAAGGAUCAGAGCUGGAUCAUGAUAAAGAGCAGCACAGCGGUGGAACUGGUAUCCUCCAUCUUAAGCGGACUGGGCGGUUCUGCAGGUGAGGGCCAGUACACAAAAGCAGAGGAUCGCGAUAAGCUUGCCAUGGUUCUUCAAAGUGCGGUGCUUCGCAAGCUGAGAUUUUUGCUGCAGGCGCAAGAUCUCGUAGCCUACCGCGUGCUUCUGAACAUGCAGGGCUUUUAUCUGAGAGGUCUGCCUGCAAGUCCGAUACGGGACUUAGUUCCUGGUUUCGAGCCGGAUGAGACCACAGAGGCAGAUAAAGCAGCCCAGGCGGCGCACCAGUUCCUCUACCAGAACGGCUUUGCCACGGUCAGGGACUUUGACAGGUCGGGCUGGGCGCCGGUGCACUACGCCGCGCUUCUUGGGGACACGGCGGUGCUGAAGGGCUUGCUCAAGCUGAAGGCCAACAUCAACCAUUGGACCCGCAAGGACCAGCCGCAGUCGGGGAUACCUAUUGGAGCUCAGCCGCUACAGAUUUGCAUCCUUUUCAAGCACCACUCAGCGAUGCGCUUCUUGAUCUCUGCCAAAGCCAAUCUCGAUUCCAACUUCUAUCCAGACGUUACUGUGGCAGCUAUGGCAAACGAUCCAGAGGCCAUCCGAAUUAUCUGCCAAGCUGGUGGUAGUCUCGUCAAAAGGAAUGUGGUUGGCAUGAACUCCUUUGACAUUGCUGGCAUGUUCGGUUCGCUUGCAGCACUGGAGGAGCUUGUGGUUCAAGUUGGACCGCAUCUGCGCAUGGCAGACCUGUCUAAAGCCCUUUUGGCUGCUACAGGGGUUCGUGGAGGCAGCGCAGAGCUUGUUCAAAGGCUCUUGGAGUUGCGGGUCGAUGCGAAUGUACAGGCGACGAUGUCCAGCAACACCGCUGCACAUGUCCUCUUCACCGCAAAGUCCAUCCAGCACCGGUGCAGCAAGGCAACCUUUAUGACAACAUGGGCAUAUCACCUUGGUGGUCAGACUGCACUGAUGGCAGCUGUCAUGUCGGGACAGUACGAAGCGGCUGCCGCCUUGGUGGCAGCUGGCGCGAAGCUGGAUUUGCGCAAUUCGCGCAACUGGACGGCGGCUGACUUUGCCAAAGGUCAGGCUGUGCCAGACUUCUUGACCGAAGCUUUUGAUGGGCAGCUGGAAGGCUGCCAGAGGGUGGCCAGUCAGGCCAUCAGGAAUGCCUCAUUUGAGGUGUAA